UCCUAGACACGGGGCUUUGGCGCGCGUCUCCCGGCGCGGGGUUCCUCUCACGCAGCCUCCCAUUCAAAAGAUGCCGAAGGGGCGGCGCGGCAGCCAGAACCCCAAGAUGAGCCAGCGGCCGACCCCGCCCCUCUACUUCCCGUCGCUCUACGACCGGGGCAUCUCGUCGUCUCCGCUGAGCGACUUUAACAUCUGGAAGAAGCUCUUUGUGCCGCUGAAGGCAGGCGGGACGCCGGCGGCCGGGGUAGCAGGAGUAGCGGGGGUCCGACCCCUGCCUCUGGCACCCUCAGCCACGGGGCCGCCGCCGCCGCCGCCGCCGCCGCCGCCGCCUGGCCUGGGCCCUCCCAGCGAGCGCCCGUGUCCUCCGCCCUGGCCCUCCGGCCUGGCCUCUAUCCCCUACGAGCCUCUGCGCUUCUUCUACUCGCCGCCGCCAGGGCCCGCCGAGAUGGCAACUUCGGCCCUGGUCCCCGGCUCCACGACCCCCUGGCUCACCUCCGCCUCCCACCCCGAGGAGCUGUGCGAGCUAGAGAUCCGGAUUAAGGAGCUGGAGCUGCUCACCAUCACUGGGGAUGGCUUCGACUCCCAGCGCUAUAAAUUCCUGAAGGCGCUGAAAGAUGAAAAAUUACAAGGACUGAAGACGACCAGGCAGCCUGGGAAGUCGGCCUCCUUCUCCUGAGGAGCUGCCCUCCAGAGCUGGGCAGCCGCCUCCUUAGGUGUUAGUGCUUAGAUAAUGUGUCCUAUUUGUUGUCAUUUCAGAGACGGUUAUUUUCUGUUCUGUAUUUACUACUGUUGUUGUUGCUCUCAGCACAUACUAGACAUCCGGUGCCCACUUGGUGUGGUAAACCCCACAGCCUCCCUCCUCUGAGGUGAUGCUGGGGGAAUCUCACCUGUGGGGGGUAGAAUUGCUGUCUGACCUACUGUUGUGAGUCAGGGAGUAGUAGAUCCAAGGCUGCCACUGCCUGGUAACCCCGGGCUGGGAGGCUCAAAGCACAGGCGGUGAAUCCUGGUCCUGAUGUUGGCUGUGAGCCAGAAAGAACCUUUCAGGGCUAGAGCUACAGUUGGAAUUUGAGUUGCCCUCCAUCUCAAUAGCUUGUUUUUAAGGAGUAUUUGUUCUUCAAAAAAAUAAUUUUUG